AUGUUACUCUCUGAAAAGUCUGAGAAUAUUCUAAACGCGAUUUUAAAAUACUCAGAUAUUCAAACAAUUUUUGCUCUUCGUAAAGUUUGUCGCACAAUUCGGAAUCGUAUCGAUGACGUCAAGCCUGCGUCCGAUGUCAAAAUUAUUUCAAUUCACUUGGAUUCAGACUUGUUCAAAAACCAAAUCUGGCUGAUUUCCAGUUCAGAAGUUAUACAUAUUACAUACGAAAAGUUUCAAAAUGGCUGUCGGAUUUCCUGGAAUCAAAGCGAGAGAUUCAUUGAAGAUGAAGAUUUUUCUACACUAUUUUUCAACGAUCUGAAAAUAAUUAUGGAUUGUCGAAAAUCGAUGUUAACUGAUUUUCAAGUAACAACUCACAUCGUUCCAGCAGAAUUGGUGACAUUUUUGAAAUCCAGAACUUCUCCGAUUCAGUCCAAAAAAAUCUCAAUAACGACAUCACAUCAAUCACAAGUAAUUAAUGUUCUCCCAUGUUUUGAUGCCAAUUAUUUGAAGGAAAUAGGGGUUUUCGAUAUAAAGCAGAACCAAGUAAAUGAACUAUGGAAAAUUGAUGCAAUAAUCAAACUGGAACAAUGGAAAAAUGCGGAGAAGUUCCAAACAUUCAGAUUUUUUGUGAAUGAGCCAAUUCAUCAUUUUUUGCAUUUCAUGAAAGCUAACUUUCACGUCAAGAGCAUUUCUACACAAGACUUGUUUAUGUUGAAAAAGAACUAUAUUAUGUUUCCAAACACCUUCAAGUUUUUCUACGUUGGAUACCAAAAUUUCUUGAACGAGGAAGCUUUAUCAAGUGAAAUGGGCACACCUUACUUGUCAACCGACCCAACAAAAUGCAAUCAAAAGAGAUGGUUUUUCAAGUUUCCAGAGAAUGAUCAUUUGAUUUUAAGCAUCUUACUUGUACCUAACCAGGUGUUUGUCACUUGUAUUGGUCAGGAAGAUGUACCUAAUGGGGCUUGCAUACAGAAUAGUUAA